AUGCGAUGCGCGAGCAAGGCCGCCGAGAGCGCGUCUGCACGUCUCUGUGCGGACGCCGAAGCAGAAACAACAGCAACUGAUGUCUCAUCGGUUGCUGAAGCGACCCAGCCUGUGUCACAUGGUGAUGCAGGCGCUGGUCAUGAAGACACUCGUGUCUUCACAGAGCACGAGCUCGGUGUCUCGUACUCUCCUGAUACGGAUGACGGAUCCGUAUCGACGGCGAUUGAAUCCAAGCCGCCUGCCAAGCGUGGCAUGGAUGAUGCUUUGCGUCGUAGCAUCUUUGGUUCAUCUGAUGAAUCAGAUGAACCAUCGCCGAAGCAAAGGCGCUCGAGGUCGCGAGACUCGGGCGCUAAUAGUGGUGUCGGUUCUCCUAUGGACACCACUUCACAGCGAGGUGCCAGUACUUCUGUCGGCACGUCGCAGGAAGAGCGGGACCGCAAUGUCUUGCGUCUCGCUCCAGAAAAGAAGGCAUAG